UGCUGAAAGGGCGCUCUGGUUCAAACUGGUCCACGCUCUUCUCUCAUCGCGAUUAUCCUGGGGGAUGCAACCUUUCGAGCUCAGAGUCGAUAAUGCGAGAAACUUGGAUUUGGCGUCGUUCGUAAUUUUCCUCGCUAUGAUGGUUGGAACAGCGGUAUCGAAACCGUUAUGGUCGACUAUAAUCGAUAAUCAUGACGUAUAUUCCACACCUGAAAUCAACGCACAGUAUCUCGCUGCGUAUCAACAUACGCGUUCUCCCUAUUAUGUUUACAAUAUCUAUACAAACGCAGGAGGCAUACCGAGCACUGUUCAUGUCGGCGGUAAACCGGAAAUUUCUUAUGUUCCUUCUUAUAAUUUCUAUUACGGAACGCCGAUUUACGAUCUUCGGAUUCCAUUAAAUCCGAUUUAUCCCAUGCUAACGCCAUCGCAUCCAGGAGUGCUUCCUCCAGCACUUCCACCAACAUCCACGCAACAACCUUCCGACGAUGAUGAUUACGACGGCAUCGAGAAAUUAGAUACAAAAGUCGAUACAGUCGAUACAGAAACAAAGAAACCGGGAAACGACGAGCAGGAUGACGAUUCCAUAACUGUGGAAGCGAUAUGAGAGAGAUUAUUUUGCUCGUCACGUACAUAGCUCAUACAAACGUGGAAGGAAUAAAGGUUUAAUUAUUGAACGAUA